AUGCUGCUUAGCAACGCAGCGGCCUUAGCAACCGAGCGGCCACCCCUUUGCAUAUACAGUAUAAAUAUACACACACACACACUGCCCGUUUUCGUCAAAAACAAAACAAAACCGAGCUGGGCUUCCUCGCUGACAGCAGGAUUCCUGUGACUUUAACAACUGCAUGAUGGAGUAGUUCAGACACUUGAAGGACACAACCAGUCAUGACUUCCAUAAAGGAGCAGGCAGCCAUCAGCAGAUUAAUAAGUUUUCUACAGGAAUGGGACAGUGCUGGCAAAAUUGCUCGAAGCCACAUUCUAGAAAAUUUUAUGCUAACCAACCAAGGCAAGACAGGUCCAGAACUGGAAAUAGAAUUCUCUCAAGGAGCCAGUUUGUUUCUCGCCCGUCUAACUGCUUGGCUCAGGUUGACUUACAUGUAUGGAACGUGCCUAGAGCAACAAUUGAAGUCCAUUGGCAUCUUCCUAUCAGCUGCAAGUGGCCAGCGAUACAUUAUUGAAUUCCUGGAAGUUGGUGGUAUCCUCACAUUGCUGGAAAUACUUGGGCUCAACCAACUGAAAGAGGAGGACAAAAGGGAGUCCAUAAAGCUUCUUCAGUUAGUAGCGAGAUCUGGCAGGAAGUUCAAAGAGAUUAUUUGUGAAAGCUAUGGUGUACGAUCAAUUGCUGAGUUUUUUGCCACCUGCAAGUCAGAAGAGACUCAAGAGCAAGUACAGAUUCUUCUGGAUGCUUUAGGCCAUGGCAACCCCAAAUACCAGAAUCAAGUGUACAAAGGGCUGAUUGCUCUUCUAAAGUGCACCUCUCCAAAAGCCCAGCAACUGUCCCUACAAACAUUGAGGACAAUACAGACAAUUGUGGGAGAUGCCCAUCCAAGUAUUGUGGACUCAGUGCUUAGUGUGCUCCGUUCUCUGCACCUGGAGGUGCAAUAUGAGGCGAUUCAACUAAUUAAGGACCUAAUGGCAUAUGAUGUGCGGCCAGCUUUGCUAAAAGGACUGGUUGCAUUGCUAAAGCCAUCAAGACAGGAGACUGCCAAAAUGCAAGCCAGAAUCCUGGAAGAAGCUGGUACAUUACACCUGAUGGAGUCCUUGCCAGCAUAUAUUCAGCAAGCUGCUGCUGCCAAAGCCAUUGGAAUUCUGGCCCAAGACUCCAGAGAUGUGGCUGAGGAGCUGGUCUUCUUGAGAGUGGUGCAUGGUCUCAUGUGUGCCAUGGGCAACAAAGAUCACACUAACUGCCAGAGGCAGGCCAGCAUUACCCUAGAGCAUUUUGUAAAGAUGUUCAUAGUGGUGGAGAAUCAAACCCGAAGCGCCAUGGGAGAAAAAUUGUUCGAGCUCUUUAUGAGAGAAACUCAGCUGCAGAAGAUGACCAGGAACAGCCGUCUCAAGAUAGAGAGUUGCUGCUUUAGUUAGUGACCUCUCAAUUGUCCUCAUUUAUUGGGCUGUUGUUCAUUUUCAUCUAUUUUUUCAUGCAUUCUGUUUCAGGCCCUACUACCCAUCCCCAUGAGAAAAAGAUGCAAAGCUCCAAGUGCCUUAUGACAGGUGACUUUGAGUCCCUGUCCCCCUCCCUUUUCUCAAAUCUGAAAUCUACUUAGUUUGGUUAUCAACCACCAGACACAUAAAUUGCUCUAAUUGUUCUUCAACAGCUGCCUUUGCAACAACAUAACCAUAGACUAAUUUGUGUCAUACUUAUGAAAAUAAGGAAUAAUCCCUUGUACAGCCACUUUGAGUUCUGAGGAGGAGACAGGAUAUCUAUGUAAUAAAUAAAAGCAGUACUGAACAACUAAA